GUACAUGUGUGCGCCUUCUGGAGACACACAAGGCACAUACGACAAACUCCAAUACAACAUUUAAUUGUGGAGUUUGGUGGAGUUGCUGGCGCAGUGUGCGAUCAGACAAAGUUGGACUCAGUCGGCCACAGGUUGAUAGUUGUUUGGUUUGGGCUCGGGGGUAUUGUCAGGAUUGCCUUGACAGGUCGUCGGAUGUUAUUUUUUCAUUUUAAACGCACAUUCAUAACAAAAUACGUGAGAGACCUUGAGCGUGUGACCCGAGUUUGGUAAAAAAAAAAAAAGUUGAUAAGAAUCCUUUCAUUCUCAAUGCAUAAUUUCGUUUUUUUUUCCUUUAUUCCUCCUCCCUAUUUUUUAAGUGUCAUUUUAUGCCAAGUGAAUGAAGAAAGAUAUAUUGUGCGCCCGAGUGCAAGCAAGAAGACGAUUAAACUGUACUCCAGAGAGAACAAAGCCUAGUAUAGUGGGAAUGCCUGUUUUGGAAGCAAGUGUUAGGAUUUAUUGAUGAAGAAAAAUAUUGAUACUAGUAAAAUAGUGAAACCAUUGCUCUGAAUGCCAUCAAUUGGUCGUUGAAAUUGGUUAUUUUUUUUUAUCAACGUCUCGGACCAGUCGAAGGCGUUCUGCAAAACUGAAUAACCCGAGUCCAGGUCUUUUGUUAGAGUGUGAUGGUGGAAAGAGACUCAUGAGAUGAGAAAAAUAACCAAGUGACAUCAGGGGGAAUUAUUGUGAUUUUUACGUAAUUCGAAGAGGAUUUGGUCCCUUUGAUUGUCACUUCGUCCAUUGUUUGAACGAUUGGAUUGAGGAAGAUGUCGUCCCCGAGUGCUGGCAAGCGACGCAUGGACACCGAUGUUAUCAAGUUAAUAGAGAGCAAACACGAGGUGACGAUCCUCGGGGGACUCAACGAGUUUUCCGUCAAGUUUUACGGGCCACGUGGAACGCCGUACGAGGGUGGAAUAUGGAAAGUGAGAGUCCACUUGCCCGAACACUAUCCCUUCAAAUCACCUUCAAUUGGGUUCAUCAAUAAAGUUUAUCAUCCCAACAUCGACGAAGUGUCUGGUACGGUUUGUCUUGAUGUCAUUAAUCAGGCGUGGACGGCUCUUUACGAUUUAUCCAAUAUUUUUGAAUCUUUCCUGCCUCAGUUGCUAACAUAUCCCAAUCCGAUUGAUCCACUCAACGGCGAUGCCGCUGCUAUGUAUCUUCAUAAGCCAGAAGAAUACAAGAAAAAAGUUGCAGAUUACGUAAGGAAAUACGCCACAGAAGAAGCACUCAGGGACCAGGAGAAUGGUGGUAAUGGUAAUGGCAUGUCAUCAGACAGUGAAUCCUCGAUGAGUGACUUCAGCGAGGACGAGGCGCAAGACAUGGAGUUGUAACCAAAUAUUCUGCAAUACUUCAUAUCCAUCAAUACAUAAAAAAUCCUCCAAUUACGCCGGUAAACAAAUGGCCAAGAGCAGCUCCUAUAAUUUUUUUUUUCGCAUUAAACAAUAAAUUCAUUAAGAAAGAAAGCGGCGUUUAAUGCUAUUAGCAUUUGAUCUAUCGGCUCAUCAGGGAAUCAACAACAUCAUCGAUCCUGAAAAUGAAUAGAUCAAUUCACGUUGAUUUCCAAACUACUCAGAGGUUCUUUAGAUUAAGUUCACGCGACAGUUUAUUUUUAUGGGAAUAAAUUAUAUUGGAGUUAUUACAUCUUGGUACAUAAUUAGAAGCAAACGUAAUAAUGGCCCCCUUAUUCAUGAUACUUUUAUUAUUCAUCAAAAUUCUAUUUAAAAAUUAAUUAAAAAAUCAUUAUUAUUUUUAGUUUUUUUUUAUUGAUUGAUUGAUUUAUUAGGAUAAUCACAGAUGAGUACGCAUCUCCUGACAUGAGCGACAUUAAAUUACUCUUUUUCUAAUCUUGGGAAUUCUCUGAGAGAAGCCACGAUGUGCUGCACUUGACAUCGGCCAACGAUAUACAGGAAUUAUUCAAUAUACGAAAUACCAUGACUUCAGAAAAUAAUGAACCAUUAUGGAUAUCGGAAUUCCAAUUCGAAUAGACGUAUCGUAAUUUGGUCAUCUAAAAGGAAAAAAGCAGAAUAUUCAGUGAAUUGGCGAUUUUUUUCAGCUGGAUUUGAAAUAUUAACGUGCGCCUAUUCAAAUUGAAGUUCUGAGCCACUCAUCUUGGAAUAAUUUUGGGAGAAAAUGUCGAAAUUAAUUUUAACUAGUAAUAUUCGGAAUGUUUGUGACACGGGGAACAUUGUCCAUUACGUCAAAAAAUUAAAAUUCGAUUCUCAACUAUUUUUUACCUGUCUCAUAAUAAUGUGAUAAUUGGAUUUUGAAAGUAAUGCUCAACUCCCUCGUUGUUUUUCUCCUACAUUUUUUUCGUGAAUUUAAUGAAUCGAUCAAUCAGGCAUACAUAAUUCAAGAGCUGAUCUUCAUUAUUUCAUUAAGUCAAUUCAUGUAUAUUUUUCAAUAAUUAAAAUUGAGAAGAAAAAGAAAAAAAAUCGCUAUCAAUCGAGAUGAUGUCAUUCUACUCGAAGAUCUCACAUAUUUACAAUAUUUUAAUUGAUUACACAAAUUUCUAUUAUAUAGUAAUUGUUAUUGCAGUAAUGAUUGCAUUCAUAUGCCUAGCAGGAAUAACAACUUACUGAAUAAAAAAAAAUAUAUAUAUAUAUGAACGAAGAUGGCGAAUUACAAAUGUAAAAUCUGAAAUUGUCUGGGUUGAACGACAUUUCGUUGAAUAUGAGAUAAAAAUAAUAAUAAUAGGAUAUAGAAUAGGAUGAAAAUUAUUUUUUACAAUUACGCUAGUUACUAGGUGUGGACUGCCUUGGAUAUUUCACCAAUGUUUUUCUGUCUCCUAAUUCUCCAAAUUGGAAGUAGGAUUGUUUUUCGUGAAGGAAAUACAAUGUUUCGACUGUAUUUUUUAGGCAGGGGGAUAGGAAAAUGAAAAUUGAAUUUUUGCGUUGGAAAGAUGGAAGAGAGUAAGUGCCAUAGAAAAAUGAAAAAUAAUUUUUUGAGUAAAUAAAUAAAAUGUAUCCAGGGGUCUGCGCCGUGAAUCCUCCACACCUCUGUUUUCAAAUGCACAACGCGGUGUUAUUGUCCAGUGAUGGAGAAGGAGAUUUAGAAGAAUGAUAGUGUCUGAAAUGGUGAUGCUAUUAAGGGUGAAUUCGUAUUCGCAUUAACGAAAAAGAAAGCAGAACAAAAUGAAAUAAAAAAUAUAUAGAAAUAAUAACAAGGAACACACACUAUCCUACUAUAAAUAUUUAUAAGUGCAUAAAAUACAAUAAAGGAGAAACGAUAAAAUUAUAUUAUAACGAGUCAAAGGUGAUUAAAGUGAAUGAAAUUUUUUGGUACAAUAAACACAAAAUAAAAACAACAAAAACAUUGUCGUAAGAUUCCUUCAAUCGAUUAUUACGAUCAUCAUUCUGAUUGUAAAUUAGGAAUUGAAUUUCCAAGACAAAUAAAAGUUCAAAAUAUA